UAAUAUGAGUUCACGCCGCUAAAGAGAAGUAUGUGUUUCCCGCCAAUAUUCGUUGUAAACGUCGACUUUUGCCCUGGGGCAUUGGCGAGUGCCCAUUGCCCAUGCCCAACGAGAAACUAAAUCAGCCCAUAGGUUUUCGACUGAACGGAAGUGCGGUGUUGCAGACAGGUAAACAUUCUAGGCGCAUGCGUGGCCAAAAACAGCGACGUGCAUAGUCAACGUCGUGGGUAUCCGAAUCUAACAGGCCCCGAAAUACAAAUAUGCCAAACUAUAAACGUGCUUUGAAAUCGCGUAAUGAAUUUCUGGUUGAAGUCCCGUUUUCAAAAACCUGAUAGAAAUAUAUAUAAACUAUUCGAUUGCGAAGAAUUUUUUUUUCUUUAUUAAAAUUGCUUGUUGAGGGUCAUAAAACACCUGUUUUCAUUCGACCGGUGCACUGUACUGUUGCCGUUUUGCGUGAAAGAACAAUAUGUCCAACAAAUAACCGGUAGCAGUUCGAACCGGAAAUAAAGCGAACAUGAAUGAACAUGAAGAUUUGACGAAGUAGCAUUGUGAGAAAAAUACAUAAAUCUUGACACAAAACUUCAUAUAAAACUGAAAACCAAUUUCAUAACUAAUUCUACGACCACACGCUACAUUUUUAUAGUUACUGUACUUAAGUUUACCACGCAAUUCGAUUAUAAAUCGAAAAGAAGCAAAUUUAGUGGUGUGUAAUAGCGUAAUUAUGACUGAUAUUUCCACGCCUAAACGACAAGCACCAAAUUCUAUUUCGUACUUCAACCCUAUAUGGGAAGUAGCAUAUUUGUGUGCAGAGCAUGAGGGUAGCGCUAAAUGUUUGGUUUGCUUAAAAAGCCUAAAUCAAUUAAAGAAAUACAAUCUUCAACGGCAUUACAACUCAUUCCAUGCUAAAGAAUAUGCACGACUCACAGGCGAAGAACGGCUUACAGAAAUUAAACGACUGAAAUCCAAAUUGAUCAAACUACAAGAAAUAUUCGAAGAAGAGGAUGAUAAUAUUACGCCCAACGAAGCUGCUGUUCGAGCAAGUUAUCGCAUUGCCUUGGAAACAGCUAAAUCUUCGCGCUGUUUCCAGAAGGAAAAUUUUGUAAAACAUUGCUUGUUAGCGGCGGCAGAGCAGGUAUGCCCAGAGCAGGUGAACAAAUUCGAGUGUAUCGGUUUGUCGCAGACUAUUAUUACACAUCGGAUUCAUGAAAUGGCCAAUGAUGUUACAGAACAACUAAGCAGUAUCGUACGAAAAUUUAUUGCAUACUCCCUAAUUAUGGAUGAAAAUAUUGACACACCAGGCUCACCACAGCUUUCAAUUUUUAUUCGCGGCGUUGAUGAAAAUCUAUCGCUUACGGAGGAACUGUUAGACAUUUUUUCUAUCAAAGAAUAUACCUCGGGGGAGGAUGUUUUUUCUUGGAUAGAAGAAAUAGUUGAACAGAACAAUUUACAAUGGGACAAUCUUGUUUCUAUAGCCGCUGGCGGAGCUUCUACAAUGGCGGACAAAACAUUUGGAUUCGAGAAUUGCUUAUAUACAAAAUUGGACAGUUUAACAGUUCCUCAUGAAGUAACUACGAUACAUUACAGUAUCUAUCCAGAGAAUUUAUGCUCCAAAAGUGUUCAAUUGGAUAGCGUUAUAUCACUUAUCGUGACGACGAUGAAUUACAUACGCUCUUACGGGGCAACGCGUUCAGAAUUUAAAACACUUUUAGAAGAACUUGACGUUGAAUUUGGUGAACUGCCGUAUCCUAUGGAAAUGCAUUGGUUCAGUCGCGGUAAAAUGUUAAACAAAUUCUUCGAACAACGUGAAGAAAUUCGAAAAUUUAUAGACAUGGCGGGACAAUCAGUGCCAGAGUUGCAAGACGAACAGUGGAUUUCAGACUUAGCCUUUUUGUCAGACAUAAUCGAUCAUUUGAAUGUUUUACAUCUAGCCUUGCAAGAGAAAGGGAACACAAUUAUAGACUUUUUUGAUACUGUAUGUGCAUUUAAGAUGAAACUAGAAUUAUGGAUGAGGCAACUGGGCACUGGGAAAGUUUGUCAUUUUAUCAAGUUACAAGAAGUAGCUGUCGAAAGCAACUUUGAACGAUACAUUGACGUUUUAAAAAAUCUUCAGAACGAAUUCGAAUCUAGAUUUCAAGAUGUGGCUAGGCUGGAGAAUAAUUUUGAUAUAAUAGCAACACCAUUUUCAGUCGACAUAAACGUAGUUCCCUCUCAUUUUCAAUUGGAAUUAAUAGAGUUAAAAUACGACAGGAUAUUAAAAGAGAAAUUUGAACAAAGACGUAACUUGCUGGAAUUCUACAAUAAUUUUAAUCAAUGUAGAUUUCCUCGAUUGUAUAAGUGCGCUGCAACGAUCAUAGCGAUGUUUGGCACGACGUAUCUUUGCGAGAAACUAUACUCAGUUUUGAAGCGAAUAAAAUCUACAGGCAGAACCAAAAUAUCAAGUCACGAAUUGAAAUCAAUAAUUAUCCUAAGUACGUCCCAAACAGUUGUUCCUAAUAUUACAGAGCUAGUGGAGGAAAGUAACUCCAGAAUGCCAACUAAGGAAUCGUUCAUAUAGUAUGUUAUCUAUUU